AUGACCCAACAUGUACGAGUUGAUUGUGGGCUGUCCGAAGGCAAGGACGCACCAACCGUGAUGUAUGAGGACAAUGCAGCAUGCAUUGCUCAGCUUAAGGACGACUACAUCAAAGGAGACAUGACGAAGCACAUCUUGCCUAAGUUCUUCUUCACGCAUGAACUACAGAAAACCGGCGAGGUCCAAGUUGUCCAAGUGCGUUCCAGUGACAACUCAGCUGAUCUAUUUACCAAGUCACUUCCUACCUCGACGUUCAGGAAGCUCACGCAUCAGAUAGGGAUGCGUAGACUGAAAAACCUUCAAUGA